UCUGCCCUUCUCCUCCUCGCCGCCGUCUACUUCAACCUCCUCUCCCUCCCCUCCCUCCGCCUCCUUCUCUCCCGCUCCAAAUCCCUCCUCCCCCUCUACCAUCACCUCCCCGGCCGCCGCCUCCCCGUCUUCUGGUUCAUCGGCAAGCGUAAAUCCGAACGCCCGAGUUCUGGGUUCUGGGUCCGGUUCUACAGCAAUGGAGAUCACUACGAGGGGAGCCGUGGCGGGAAGUGCUCCGGCAGCGGGGUGUACCACUAUCACAUGAGUGGGAAGUAUGAGGGGGAUUGGGUUGACGAGAAGUAUGACGGGCAUGGCGUCGAGACAUGGUCUCGGGGAAGCAGGUACAUGGGGCAGUACAGGCAGGGGCUCCGGCAUGGGUUUGGCGUCUAUCGGUUCUACACCGGCGAUGUGUAUUCCGGGGAAUGGUUCAAUGGGCAGAGCCAUGGGUACGGGGUGCACACAUGCGACGAUGGGAGCCGUUACGUCGGGGAGUUCAAGCUAGGGGUCAAGCAUGGGCUUGGGCAUUAUCAUUUCAGGAAUGGGGAUACCUAUGCUGGAGAAUACUUUGGAGACAAGAUGCAUGGUUUUGGAGUUUAUCGUUUUGCAAAUGGGCAUCAAUAUGAGGGUGCCUGGCAUGAGGGCAGAAGACAGGGAUUGGGGAUGUACACAUUUAGAAAUGGGGAGACACAGUCAGGUCACUGGCAAAAUGGUGUUCUUGAUAUUUUUAGCACACAGAACAUCCUGCCUGGGUCUUCAAUUGCUGUCAAUCAUUCCAAAGUGCUGAACACAGUUCAGGAAGCGCGGAGGGCAGCAGGAAAGGCAUUUGAUGUUCCCUGGGUUGAUGAUAGGGUGAACAAGGCUGUUGCAGCGGCCAAUAAAGCAGCUGAGGCAGCCAGGGCUGCAGCAGUUAAAGCUGUUCAGAACCAAGCCUCCAAUGAUGGUGUUGGCAUCCCAACCCUACUUGUGGAAGACACCUUGCUUGGUAUUGCGUAAGUUCAAGUCAGUGGAAGCAACAUUUGAAUUAACUGAUACCAAGAAGAAUUUUCCGGCUGUGCAUUAUGGAACUCCUUUUAUCUUCAAUCCUUUUCUGGAGCAUUAGAUAACUAAUCCUUGCUCAAAGUCACCUCCAGUUGAUGACCGACUGUGGUCAGGGUUUUCCUUUUGUUCUUUUUUUAAAUUCUUAUGUGUAGAUAUUAUGAGUGGCCAUCAAUGUGGAGAGGGUAGGAUUUUCCCAUAAUUUUACGUUGUUUUUUUUGUAAAAAGAGUCUUAUUAAGUACAUGUAUGUGAAUUGAACCUCAUUUUAUGAAUUGUAUUGUAUGUAAAACAGAAAUGUUAUCAAAACAAAGAGUUGUCUCA